UGUCACCGGCGUUAUAUAAACCGCUCACCUGCCUGCAGAGCUCUGUCACUCCAGACGCAAUCCACUGACGACAGCCAAGAUGAAAGUCCAUGACAUGACAUUCAAGGAGGGGAAGGAGUUCAAGAUCCGCAUUAAGCCCAACGAUGACUGCAGUAGGUUUGCCAUCAACAUCGGCCAUGACCCUGACAACAUAGCGAUGCACUUCAACCCCCGCUUUGACUGGGGGGGAGACUCCAACGUCAUCGUCUGCAACUCCAUGUCUGGUGGAUGCUGGGGCGACGAAUGCCGCAACGGAAACUUCCCCUUUGUGCGUGGGGAGGAAUGCAAGUUUUACAUCAACUUCAACAUGGAGCAGUUUUACAUCAAACUCCCCGACGGCAGCAUGAUGGACUUCGCCAACCGCCUGGGAGACGUCAAGUACAAGUACUUUGAGGUCACCGGUGACGCAAAGAUCGUCGGCAUCAAGAUCAAGUAGAGGUUGACGUCUCUCUGACCCUUGACCUGUCUGGAUUUCGCUUGCUGCUGCAAUAGUCUGUUUUAAAUUACUGAGCCCAGGCCUGAAUGUCCAUCAUUCCUCCUGCUGAAAAGCAGCAUUAGAACAUGUAAACCAACAUGAACUGCUGAUCUUGUAAUAGGAAGAAACAGCCAAAAGAUGGAGCCACAGCACAUCUUACCUCACUUUGCAUGCCUGACAGCUCAUCAGUCACUGAGUGUGUUAAUAAAAGCUGAAAAAAGAACUAA